ACUACUACUACUACUACUACUACUACUACUAUUAAUAAUGAUAAUAAUAAUGAUAAUAAUAAUCAUAAUAAUACGUAGAUAUUUGACACUCGAAUCGGCUGUUAGAGAAAUUAUUACAGAAAGUUUAAACGAAAAUCCGUUGUUAUAUCUAUUAGUAAAAUUAAAAAUAAAAUAAAAGAGAGAAGAAAAGAGAGAAGGCGAAUGUUUAUAAAAUCUAUUUUUACGAGUAUCCUGUGAAUGUAUACACUAUAUAAUUGUAUACGAUUGUUACAAUAAAAAAGAAAGAAAAAAAGAACAACAACAAAAAAAAUCUUAUUCCAUAAAGAUAAAAAAUGGUAAAAAUGAAAAAGAAAAAAAUAGGGGUAGUUUUGAAAAGGGGGUUGCAAAGUAGGUGGCGGGAAAUUUGAAAAUAAAUCGAUCGGUAAAAUCUAUUGGACGAUGAAAAGGAAGAAGGGUCGAAUAACGAGAGGCGUUUCUCGUUUAUAAGUCGUCGAUAGGCCUAUCGAUCCUGUUGCUAGGCGGUAGGACGGGAGGGCGUUCGAGUAUCUUAAGUUAGAUUUUAGGAUUAGCCGUCAGAUGUCGUUGUGAUGGCGCGCGGCUCGCUCGCGGAGUGACAGCUCGGCGAGAACUGUCGGAGCGCGUUUACGCGGCCGUUUCUCUUGGAUAUAAGGAUACGACCGGCCCCCCCGAAAUCGGUUAAAUUUAAACGCGUAAACGGGCUGACGUUAACGAUAAUCUCUCGUUUAAGGAAGUGCGAUUAUAGUCUACUUUGAAAAUCGAGAGGUCUCGUAGGUAACGGUGGGCGUGCACGCAGGAGGGAACGGCUCGCCGGCUCGGUCAGUCUACUAGAAGAUUCCAUUGUGUGAGAGUGGGCUUUGAAAAAGUUUCGACUGGAAGGAGCUACAUUAUUUUUCGCGCCUUUUCAAGACGUACCAUUUGUUCGGAUCUACCAGAAAGAAGAAAAAACCGAGGCGUCAUCAAAUGGAUUAAUCAACGAGCAGCAGCAACAGCAGCAGCAGCAGCAGCAGCAUCAAGAUCCGAUAAUUCUCGUGAAAAAGAACAAUUUGUUCUUAUCGACGAGGGACGACCAAAACUCCUCCUUCCAUCCCCCCACCCACCCCCGCCACUACCCCUUUUUGGCGAAGUAACGAUGUAAAGAGUAAAAUGUAACUCGUCGUUCAUGAGAAGAGAGAAUUUUUAAAGAGGAAUAUUUACAAGGCGCAAGAAACAAGAUAGAAGGGAGAGAUAGGAGAAAGGAAUAAGAAAAUAUCAAGGAAAGAAAAAGUGUCGUAGCUGUUUCAUUUUUGAUUUGGAGUAGGAAGGAGUGAAGGAAGGUGUGAAGGAGAGAAGGAAAGAAGAAAAGAAGAAAGGAGUAGCAAGAAAAUUAAAAAAUAGAAAGUAAGAGAGAGAGAGAGAGAGAGGGUAAUAUUAUUGGAAGAAAUUUGAGCCGUCUGGUGUAUUCGUCCUUAGAUUAAAAAGCUCGUUGAAGCUCGUACGAUAAUCGAGCUUAUUAUUGAAAGAUUUGCUUUAGAGUGCAUAAGAGAGAAAGAAUAUAAUAAAAAAAAAGUAUAGAAAAAGAAUAAUUAUAAUAAUAAUAGUAAUAAUAAUAAUAAUAAUAAUAAUAAUAAGAAUAAGAAAGAUCUUAAAUCAAGAUGUAUAGCGAUCCGAAUAUUUGUGGGAUUGGUGCGCCUACGAAGGGAGACGAGGUAGAACUUGUGAGCAGGUUUUUGGCACCUCUUUGCGCGAGGGACGAAACUGCGAGAAACAUUGCAUUGGCUGCUGCAAGGAGUACAGUCGAAGGAUGGUUAGGUGGUGUUGGUAGUCCAAAUCAAUGGGAGGAAGCUACCGGUGAAAUGAAGGACAACAACAUCGCAUCUGGAAAAUUCAAGGGUCAGGAUGGAAGGUACGACAUGAGCAUCGAGCGUUCACCUUCGAAAUCCAGUCCGAAGAACGUAAAGAAGGAACAACAAGCGUCAUCUCCGGAUGCAUUUAGGAGCGACUGCUUUUUUCCACAAAGUGUUACGGAAAAUCCUGUUUUUCCGGAAGACGGUGGGACCGAAAGUAACGAAAAAUAUCCCUCGGGUUCGUUCGAUUGCGUAGAUGGGGGUCGUUUGGGUUCGAACGAAAGUUCGAGCUUUGGCACGCCGGUCGAGAGAAGAAAAUAUAUGGGUGGUGGUGGUGGUACUGGUGCUGGUGGUGCUGGUGGUGGUAAUAGUAGUGGUGGUGAUUCCGCGGACGGGAACAGAUCGGGCCGUUCUACUUCCUCGGAUGAGGGGAAAGGAUUCAGGAUCGAACAAUUGGCUGGCAAGUGUCGCAGGUUCAAGGACAACGGGACCACCGGUGAAACCCGUUUUGGUUCUAGCUGCGACAACGAGAGAAAGUAUUUGAUAUCAUCGUCUAACGAGAGGUUGAACGAGUUCACUCAAGAGGAUAGGAUACCGAGAACUAAGAAUUAUAUCAAGGUUAAAGGAGCUAAGCAAAGACAACCGGAAGAAGAUGAUCUGGAUUUAGAUACUAGGGUCUAUGGAAAGAGUCCAAAGUUCGAUGAUAAUCUUGGCAAUGCUUAUUUCGAUCGUAGGAAUGUUAAUUAUCGUUCGAAGAGUAGCGAUCUUCUCGAACGUAAUAGGUAUCGUUCAGAUGAUACAGAAAUAAUUGGGGCUAGAUCACGUGAGAGAGUUGUUUUCAAUACUCUUGAUGGAUUUGAUAACGAUAACUCUAACGACAUUUAUCGGGAUAACGAAAUUCUCGUUGAGGACGCAAAUUUUGAAAAUUCGGAAGACGAUCUUGAGGAUGGCAAUCGUUCCAAUUGGUUAAGGUACGAACAACAACAACUGCAACAACAAGAACAGGAUUGUCUUAGGAAGAACGAGGAGAGAAAAUUUAGCGCUGGUCAGAUAAAAAGACCUCUGUCGCAGGACGAAGAUGUAUCGUCGAAAAGUGGCAGAAUCCUGGACAGUCCCGAAGUUACUCCUGGCGAUGUCGGUAGGAUGCUUAAUCUUGGAAAUGCUUUGGAUGGCCCGAGGCAAACUCAAGCGAACAAAUAUCUCAGUUUGGUGACGCUUCAUCUACCAGUGAUACUAAGGCUCAGCGUUAAUUGUCCUUUUCAGAACGUCAGGAUAAAAUGUGCUGAAAUACUGGAAAUGGUCAAGGAUAGAGGAUUACCAGUACCAGAACCGGCCUUCGAUGGACCCAGUGCCUUCGUUCCCACUUCCGAGUUGCCGGAUUUGAACAAUCUCGAUGAAAAGACACGUAUAUUGUUGAUGGAUGCUUUCCUUCAGAACAACAGAUUGGACCAUGUUUCCAGGGUAAUGUCGUCGCAUCCUUUGUAUUUAGAUCACUUCCUUCGAACCCAAAAUUUCAUCUUAAGGGGCGAUGGACCACUACCCUACGAUUACAGACAUCUCAUAGCUAUUAUGGCCGCAGGUAGGCAUCAGUGUAGCUAUCUGAUUAACCUGCAGAAAGGAGAGUUUCUUCUACAGGGUGGUCAACCUUCCUGGCUUCAAGGUUUGAAAUCGAUACCACGAAAACUUCAAGAUCUUUAUGAGAUUAAUAAGAUCUUAGCUCACAGGCCAUGGCUUUUAAGUAAAGAACACAUAGAGAAAUUGACCAAAGGUGCGGACAAUUGGUCAUUGGCUGAGGUAGUCCACGCGAUAGUUCUUUUGGCCCAUUUUCAUUCGUUGUCAUCUUUCGUAUUCUCUUGUGGAAUAAACGAAGAAUUGGAUAACGUAAUGGGUCACCAUUAUAAGGAAAAUAUCCAGGACAAUAGCAAUAAAGUGCCACCUGCCAAAGAAAAACUUUCUAGUAAUUCCAAGGAAAUUCCAAAUGGCCAAGGCAAGACUGAAAACGUACCAUCUCCUCCAUCGUCACCUAGUAUAGUUGGUGAACAAGAGGUCGGCGUUGAAACAUUAAUGGAACGAAUGAAACGGCUUUCGGAAAAAUCCGAGUCUUAUCAAAUAACGCAAGAAGAAUUAUCGAAAAGAUUUGAAACGGUUGAAACGCAAUCAGCCGAAUUGGCGGCUGCACCUCAAAGAAAUAGCAUGAUACUUGACUCCGAUAUCGGCCUUUUCAUCGAAGAUCCUUCCUUUAUAUACCAAGAUUUUGCCAAGCGAGGUCAACUGAACGACAUACCGACCUUCCGCGUGCAAGACUAUUCCUGGGAUGACCACGGUUACUCCUUGGUGAAUCGACUUUACAACGACGUUGGCAAUUUUCUCGACGACAAGUUCAAGACGACUUAUAAUCUGACGUACUAUACGAUGGGUACGCACAGUAAAGUCGACACGUCUCGUUUCAGACGAGCAAUAUGGAAUUACAUACAAUGUAUGUUUGGUAUAAGGCACGACGAUUAUGAUUACAACGAGGUUAAUCAAUUGCUCGAACGAAGUCUUAAAACAUUUAUCAAGAGUGCUGUUUGUUAUCCGGAACGCGUUACUAAAAAGGAUUAUGAUCGUGUCAUGAGGGAGUUCAAGCACAGUGAAAAGGUGCACGUGAACUUGAUGAUAUUGGAAGCACGCAUGCAGGCGGAAUUAUUGUAUGCUUUACGUGCAGUUAUGAGAUAUAUGACCUAAACGAAGUAGUCCAAUUUCUGGUCCCUUCGUUCGCUUGGCUGAUCUUGUCCCUUUGAGAUCGGCUCGUCCAUUUGUUUAUUUUUUUUUCUCUUUUUUUUUUUAAUUAAUUAAUUAAUUAUUAUUAAUAUUAAUAUUAUUAUUAUUACUAUUAUUAUUAUUAUUAUUAUUAUUAUUAUUAUUUUAUACGUUUCGAGUCGCGUGUUGCUUUAACGAGGCUUUUUUUGUACACGUGUCACUAAAAGGAGAAACAAGCAAACGUGAGUUACUGAUAUUAAUAAUAAUAAUUACUUAUGAAAAUUAUUUACGCAAAAUUUUGGAAAAUGACGAUACACACACACACACACACACACACACACACACAAAUUAGAACACAAACUUUUGUCAAAAGUCUUUUUUCAAUCGGUCAACUCCGUUUGUUAACUUGUUGUCGUCCUUGAAUUGAUGACCUAUAAAGAAAGAAAAGAAAAAAAAAAAAAGAAAAAAAAAAGACAAAGCAAAACGCCUCGAAAAAUCAAAUAGUGAGAUAACGUUUUUCUAAAAAGAUUUCAUUGAGAAUUUUUAUUAUUAAUUCUUCGUCAUUUUGUGAAAUCGAAAAAA